AUAUUCUAUUAUAAUUCUUAUAUAUAAUAAGCACAGACACUGAAGUUUUACUCUUAAAAUAUAAUUAUAUUACAAACUUUGUAUAUAUUCGAAUACACUAAAAGCAAGAAAAAUAAAUGUCAUAAGUAAUAAAAAUGAAAACUUAAUCGUAUAUAUUAUGUUAAUUCAUCCUAAAAUGAAGAAACGUUCAUUCAAUCGAAAAGAAAAUUGUAAAAGGAGAUUGCGAAACUAUCGUAGAUACUUUCGUGAACAUUUCUGUUAUUACACAAAGACGAUUUUUCGAAUUUGAUAAAUUGUUAAGCUUUGUAUAUAAAGUGUCAAACAACAAGCUUGAUAGAAUUCAGAUAUACUUUUUGUACUGUACACCCGUACUAUUGAUUCGUGGUGUACAAGCAAUACAUUUUUGAGGCUUCACUACCCCUCUUGAGGGAGUUCACGUUGAAUAUACUCCGCGUCCCCUCCUCUUUUUCUCUCUUUCUCUAUCUACUACCACGCACAGGUGUAAGAAAAAAAGAAGGAAAAGAGAGGAAAGAAACGGCAGAGUUGCAAAGCUGCUUGCCUAUCCAAACGAACGUUCUCAACCAACGUAGUGAUUCGAUUACCAUUUGCGAAUCUUCUGGCAGGCUGUUACUCGAUUGAUCUUUAAAAAAAAAUCAAGAAUCAAGUAAAAAAGAAAAGUGCAAAAAGAGGAAGUAAAGUGAUCAUUAUUUAGAUAAAGAAUGGAUUUAAAAGAAGAGGACGAAAGCGGUAACGAGAGCAGUAGACAAUUAUUUUUGGUUGGUGCACCCCGUGACCCUUUGGUGUCCACCGGUGCGAUCGUCGCCUCUGGAGGAGCUAACGACGAGAUCAAUUCUGGAGGAGAUCUACAGUCAACUGCUCUGGCUAGUCUGAUGAGCACACAAUCUUCCUCCGUUUGCUUUCCUACAAAAUUCACAUACGAUUUUUCGCCAAGUUCUGGGAACGAAGAUAGACAAUCAUCCGGAGGAACUGGCAAAAGAAAGCAAAGAAGAUAUCGUACCACUUUUACGAAUUUUCAAUUAGAAGAAUUAGAAAGAGCGUUCCAAAAGACACAUUAUCCUGAUGUUUUCUUCAGAGAGGAACUUGCCCUAAGGAUAAAAUUAACUGAGGCUAGGGUUCAGGUAUGGUUUCAAAAUAGACGAGCUAAAUGGCGAAAACAGGAGAAGCAGUGUAAAGUUGCAACUCACCUAACAUCUUAUCUUCCUUCGUCGGAUUGUCAAGAAGUGCAACAGCAACAGCAAUCCGAUCAUUUAUUAUUGGAACCACCGCUAGGCAGUCCACCACCUAUUUACCUUGGAAUGGAAUGGGCUGGCUUUUCACCUUAUAGCAACACAGCCACAGCUUCUCCUCUUGUUGUUAAUGGUAUGAAUAAGCCACCGGAACAAGAAACGGAUGACAAUCCAUUACUAGAUCCUGAGCUUUUACAACUAAAAACAUCGCGUUCUUAAUGAUACAAAUUACUGGCAAGUAAAAAAAAAAUCACGUAGUUUCCUAAUUCGAAAACACCAAUUUACAUAACGCUCUUCGAUUAAAAUAAUUAAAAUGAUCUUAUAUAAGUGCAACAAUACAAUUAAUCAAAGAAAAAUGUAUUGUAUUUUGUGCAAUAUAUUAUUAAGAUGGAAGUAAGUGGACCAAAAAAGGUACCUCAAAUGUGUCUCAAAAGUAACUAGAGACUGACAAGAAUAAUCCAGAUAAUAGAUAAAGAAACAAUGUAUUUUGAGUACUGUUAUAUAGAUUUUGUAAGAAAAGGCUUAUAAUUAAAAUUUUUUCUUUUAAUAAGCCUUGGUAUGAAGAAAAUGCAAUAAAAAAUGUUAAUAGCCAUUAUAAAU